AACAUUGGAGCAGAAGAAAGGAAGGAUGAAGGGUGAUAUGUUCGUUGCCAGUAGAGAUGGCGAUUUCUGUAGUAUUCAAAGAUUAUAUCGGGAGAACCCUGGGCUUCUGCAAGAGCUUGCAUCUGAAGGAAACAGUUUUCUCCACAUCGCUGCAAGGGAAGGGCACAGUGAACUUGUUUCAUGGCUUCUUACCCGUUUGAGUGGUUACCGUUUUAUGAAAAAAAUUCGCAAUGCUGAUAAAAAUACGGCGUUGCAUGAGGGUGCUAAGGGCGGGAGUGAGCAAGUAGUAAGCACUCUGCUUGCCUGCAACAAAUCUGCUGUCUCUAAACGUAAUCAGUUUGGAGAGACGGCUCUGAUAAUAGCAUCUGAGAACGGUCAUGUGGAAGCAGUGAGGCUUUUGUUAGAAGCCACUCCAUGGUUUAUGAUUUUAUGGCCAAAGAAUGAUCAUCAAACAUGCCUUCAUGUUGCAGCUUACGAAGGCCAUUUAGAUGUAGUGAGGUUGAUACUAGGGAAGUUCAGCUAUUGGCAUGUAGUACAUCUUAUAUCUCUUUUUCCAGAUCGACAUGGUGCCACUCUUCAUGGUGCUGUUCAUGGGAGACAUCUUGACAUUGUAGAUCAAAUAAUGAUGACAAACUUGAAAUCAUGGUGGUGUAGGCAUUGGUUUGACAACAAUUUGAUGACAAAGAAGGAUUUGUUUGGAAGAUGCCCAAUUCAUGUCGCAGUAUUGAAUGGUUAUUUGGAGAUAGUGGAAAGAUUUAUAUCUGUAAUGCCAGACUGCAUAGAAAUUCGUAGUAGAGAUCAUAAAACACCCUUGCAUUUUGCAGUUGAAUAUAAUAAAAAAGAUGUGGUAGAGAAAUUCCUUUAUAUGGUAAAGCCCACAAAAGUUGCAAAGUUAGUGAGCUACGACCAUGACAUUUCAGGCAACACCGCAUUACAUUUGGCAGCCCAGAAUGGAGUGGACCCUCAGCUUGUGGAAUAUUUGCUAUCAUUUCCUGGUGUCAGGGUCAAUGCACUAAACAGUGAAGCCCAAAGUGCACUCGACAUAGCUAAUAGUGUUGAAUGUGAUAAAAAUCCUAAUUAUAGUAGUAUUGCAAUGAUUCUACAAGAUAAUGGUGCAAGUCAUCGUUCCAUACGACAUUGCGAAGCUUUUGGGUGGCCUAAACAAAGUAAAUAAGAGUGACAACAAUGAGGAUAAGGUAAUGUCAGUGGACACACUAGUGGCAUCUCUAGUUGCUACCGUGACAUUUGCAGCCAUUUUUCAGGUACCAGGU